UCUCACUCAUGACGCAAACGUAAAUGUCGGGAAGAUGGACUCCCCCAUUGAGAAGUGGAAUCUCGUCAUUGGCAACUUGGCUUUAAAGCAGGUUCAGGCCACAGUGGUUGGCUUUUUAGCAGCUGUGGCAGCCAUCAUACUGGGCUGGAUUCCAGAAGGGAAGUAUUACCUCAGCCACUCCAUACUUCUGUGCUCCAGCAGUGUGGCAACUGCCUUCAUCGCAUCGCUACUGCAGGGGAUAAUAAUGGUUGGAGUUAUCGUUGUCUCCAAGAAGACAGGCAUAAACCCUGACAAUGUGGCCACACCUAUUGCUGCUAGUUUUGGUGAUCUGAUAACUCUUGCCAUAUUAGCUUGGAUAAGUCAGGGUUUAUACUCCUGUCUUGAGACAUAUUAUUACGUUUCCCCAUUAGUGUGUGCCUUUUUCUUGGCUCUGACUCCUAUCUGGAUUAUAAUAGCUGCCAAGCACCCAGCCACCAGGACCGUGCUCCACUCAGGCUGCAUCAGGGGCCUUAUUCUGGAUACAACUGUAUCUGACCCAAACUUGUUUGGGAUUGUUGUUUACACGCCGGUUAUCAACA